UAAUCGCGGUCGCACCCAUAAGCACUCUCCACAUAUAGCAAGCUUAAAAAUCAUAUCUUUUCAUUCCCUUCUUGAGUGAAAAUGCUUGAAAUAAAUGAAGAUUGAGAGCCUUCAUCUUCUCAAUAAAAUAGGGAGGAGCCAGAGAAUAAUGUUGAUAAUGAACCAAGACGAAGGAUUUCACCGGCGAUGGGAGCUGCGGAGGGGCAACGUUGAUGAAGACUCUUCAAGCGAUGACGAUGAAGGAUCAAAAAAGAUAGUCACCGAUUUGGUCUUGUUUGAAAACGACGAAGCAUGUAAUGAUGAUGAUACACGAAGCCACGACCAUGUUGAUGAGAAGCUUCAUAUCCCUAGUGGCAUUGGCACCAAGAAUGUGAAAGCUGAUGAGGAAAAGAAGCUAAAACCGAGCAAGAAGAAGAGAGUGGCGACGAAGAAGAAAUUACACAGAGUCAACGAGAAGAAGAUGUCGAAGGAUCUAAAGAUCUUUGCGGAUUCUCUUGUUCGUGAGCUUGCAGCCGCGCAGGAGAGCAUGUUUGCACGGAUGCGCGAUGAGAUGAGAGAGUUGGUAGCUUCUGAAUCAAAUAAGAAGAAUGGAAGACGUUUAGAGAAGAAGGUGUGUGCGAAGAUUGGAACAUCUCAUCUUCAAGAUCAGAGAAAUAGUAUCAAUUUGAUCAAUGAUCACUUUCCCUUUAUGGAUAGUCACUCAUCAUCAGCAUCUAGGGUUGAAUUUUGCAAGUUGAUGGCUCAAGAAAAGAGUUUGUCUCAUAGAUUUGCUGAAUUGAAGCAGCACGAGCAAUAUGGGGGAUUUUCUCUUAACUAUCACAAAGCUUGGGGUUUAUACGGUGAAAGCCGUGGAAUCGGGUUCCCGGCCCCCCUCCAUCAAGGGACGGUCAAUGGUUCGAGUAGGUCGAGCUUGUCGUUCCUGACUGACAAGGGAAUACCCGUCUCUAGGUUUCCUAGUACUAUUCGAGCAUCGUCAGAACGAAUGGUAGGAAAUGUCCUUAUUAGUAGUGUGUCUCGCUUCACUGAGGGAGAAUUCAAACAAGCUCUCAAGGGUACAAAGUGAAGUUGUGACAAUUAUUGGCAUCACUUGAUGUAACUUCCAAUUGCU